CUAAUGCGCAUGUCCAAACGGUCGCGCGGAUAUUUCGAGUUUUGUUUGAAUCCGAGCUCAAACUAGUAUCAAGGAAAGAUAGUAUUAUGUAGCUCAUACAAUGGCGAAUUUGUCCAACCCUGCUGGUUUUUCUUCGGAUUCAUCCAGAGAAUUAUUAGAGUCUUCCGUUUCUGGGUUGAGCAGUAGGAGUUUACGUGUAGCAGAAAAUGUUAGAAAGCAGGGCGACGCCAACCAGUUUCAGCUCGCGUUGAGUUAUGUUUCAAAAGUGCAGGAAGGUACAGUUGUAAGAGGCAAUGAUGAACUAGAAAGGAACUUGGUUGUGGUGGAGACUGUUGCUCUCCAUCAUGGUCUUCCACCAGAUGCUAUCUCAUUGCUUCUGGACUUGGCACUAAGCCUCCGUGCAGGUAGUGUGACAUGUAUGCGGAUUUUGAAGUUUCUGAUACCUUCUUCGGUAGUGCCUCAAGAAGCCAUUGUAGGAGGUGUGUCAUGGCUGUGCAUGGGGAAAAUGACAGUUAAUGCCCAGGUCCUUUUUCUUCGCUGGGUUCUUACUGUUUUUGACCUUAUUGAAUGCAAAGACCAGCUGAGGUCCAUCUAUGGCUUUAUUUUUAGCUUUGUGACUGAAGAAAAUCUGUGUCCUUUCAUUUGCCACUUGUUGUACCUUUUAACAAUGAAGGAGCAUGUGCAGCCAUACAGAGUGAGAAAACUGAUGGAUAUUCAGGCCAAAAUGGGAAGACAACCCUUCCUAAUGCAGCUGCUUGCUGUGUAUAAAGUCUUUCGGCCAGAGCUGGUAACGCUUUCUGUGCCAUCACGAAUGAGGACUGGCUUCAAGAACUACAAUUCCACCUGGAAAGCAGCACUGAGUGCUGUCCAGAAGAAGGCCAGGGCUGAAGUAACUGCUGAUUUUAAUCUCAGUGUGGUGCUAAAAGGCAAAUCAACUUCCAAAAAACGGAAACUUCAUCACCUGGAGGUUCCUGGCUUGAGCUUAGCAUUUGACACCAGCUCUGAGAGGAAUGUCUUCUGUUUACAGGAACUGCAAUCUUUCACCCAGCUACUACAAAACAUUCACAAUAUAGAGUUGCCGGCCCAAAUGGGCUCUUUGCUCGGAUCCUCUUUAGCUCUACAUUACCUGGACUGUGUACAGGAUGAGUCUGCAUUCUUGCGACUUAACUUCUGGCUAGGACACUCCCUUCAAGAGGAGUUUCUGCUAUGUCCUGAAGAUGGGGGCUCAGAGAGUCUUUCUGAGGCAUCUACAUUCCUGAGUACUAUCCUCUCCUCACAAAAUUUUCUCCAGGAGGGUUUCUUCAGCACAGAGAGUUUUCUCUACAAGUUCCUCAGUGUCUGGGAUGGCUCACUCGUGCGCUCCCAGAUUUUGGAUCUUCUCAGCCACAUCCCUAUGAUGACCAGCAAUUAUCUCAGAAUGCUCGUCUUGGAGCCACUGGCUCAACUCUACUUUACCUCUAAUGUGUUUUUUAAGUGCAGCAUCAUUGAGUGUCUGAACAGUAUGCUGCUUAAAUGGCUAACCUGGCAUUCUGUGAACCCUCUAGAGAAGUGCCUAGAACCCAACACCAGUACCACAAUAACUAUGACCCUGUCCAGGUUAAUAGAUACAGUCACAGAGCUUGUGGACUUUGUAGGAUGCCUGGCUACUGAGGGACUACGUCUCGAGAACUGCCACAUCCUACUCCUCAAUCAUACGCUCAACUUCUAUGAGACAGUGUGUGAUAUGUUGGUAAAGUAUAACUUGCCUCUAGUUAUCAUGCCCCCAGCUGGUGUGUUUUAUCCAGCUCUCCUUGCCACAGACCCACUCACUGUGGAUCGAUUGGGAUACAUAAUGUACAGGUACCGGAAAAAUCUGACCUUGGCAAAAAAACAAGAGCAGCAAAAUGAGCAAUCAUUUCACAUAAGCAGAGGAACAUACCAAAAUUUCAAUAAACAACUUGUGGCAAUGGUGAACUGUCUGUGGAACUCCAAAUCAUUCUUGCCUGGCACAACCAAUGAGAUUGAUGAGCACCUGCUUACCCAGAGCAAAGUACCCAAGUACAGGAGCCGCUUUGAUCUUGUUCACCAUCCAGCCUUCUUCAAGUAUGCCACUGAAUUUUACCAGAGGUGCUGGCCAGAGAGGAUGUGUGUGGACCUGACCGAAAUAAAGGUUGGAAGAUAUUGGAGCUGGUAUAUGGAGUUUCUUUUCUGCCAGGGCUUUGAUGGACUAAAUUGCUUCAUUCAGGUCAACACAGGACAGAGCAGCUCCUCCAGCUCUAAUUAGCCAAGAGUCAGCUUAAAAAAUAAUUCUUUGUUUGAAAGGUCAUGUACAUAUUUGUUUUCUAGACUGACUUUUGUACAGGAAAUCACAGUAUUUGCUUUUUGUCUUAGUCUGUAGCUUAUGAUUAAUUUUCUGCUUUCUAACUUCCAUUGCACAUGCUUUUAUCUAGUGUUUGAAAGAUUGUAGUACCUGAAAGCAUUGUCUUUCAUUUGAUUAUAAGCUCUAAUUUUAUGCAUUUUUACCAGUGUAUUGUUUUCAUUUGAACUCUUUUUUUGAACAAUGAAUAAUGGUUAAGUUUUAACUUAAUGUUAAGUUAACUUGCAUGCAUGUAUUUUUUUUUUUACUGCUACAUUUUCUUAUUGAAAAGGUAAUACUCAGGCACAAGUGUAAGACUAGUUUAAUUAUGAUCAAACACAUGCAACCUGAUAUUUUGUUCCCAUUAAAAUCUGUGCACACAGAACAGUGUUAAUCAAGCUGUUUUGAGUAAAAUAUUAGAUACUUUUGCCAGGAUAUAAAUGACAGGUUCCUGAAGUGAAUGAAGAGUAAAAUUGCAGGUUUGUAAUUUAAAUGCUUUCUACAGGAAGGAAUAUCGCAGUAUUGUUUCAAUUUGUUGUCAACUUGUAAUUGCACUCCUUUGCCAUCUGUUCAAUUACACCAUUCAAUUUAUUUAAAAACUUGUACAGUUAUUAGAAAGUGCAGUGGAUCAAGAAACGAGUUAUUCUCGACAAAUAUGGUGCUGUAGGUCUAUUUGGAACCAUUUAAAAUGGUAUAUGAUCUCUAAUGUCUUACAGCCAUUCUGUUGUAAUGUGAUAGAGCUUCACUAAACAUAUGAAUGUGUUUGUGUAUAUUCAGUUAUCUUAACAGGCUUUACCUAAUUUAAAGUUUUCCAUAUGUAGUGACAGCUUGUACCCUACAAUUAAACAACUUGGAUGUAUUUAUUGUUUUA